AACAAUUUUCAAGGUGGCGCAAAACAAUCGUAGCGCGUACCAAUGUACUGCAGGGAGAAGUUGACAACAAGGCCUCCAACUUUAAACGAGUUACAGAGUAGUUUGCGGAUUACUGCUUUAUUUUUGUGGAUGUUGCUACAAAUAUCGUCUACAACAAGUUAACCUUUAUGGUCUGAUCGUUGGUUCCGUCCAUGAUCGGCUUUAUUGUGCUGCAGUUAAGCUAAUGCUAGCUAGAAUGCUAGGAUGAUGUUAAACCCACCCGCCGACACAAAAUCCAUGUACAGUCAGUCGGAAAACAGUAGGUACAAAACUGGCGACAAAACUAGCCCCAUUAGUGUUAUACUGGUGAGCUCUGGCAGCCGAGGGAACAAAUUGCUCUUUCGAUACCCUUUCCAGAGAGUCGCCGAGUGUCCGUCAUCUCUCACAGCAAAACAAAGAAGUCCAUAUGCUCUCAACACAGCUGGGGAGGGUCUUGAAGAUCAGGAUGGUGAUUCGAGAGAACACUCUCCACUAACUGACGAACAGUUGGUAGCAGGGUUUUCCGACAUCAUCCUCGCCACCAUCCUGGCCACCAAAUCUGACAUGUGCGGGAAGAAGUUUGAACUGAAGAUAGACAAUGUUCGCUUUGUUGGUCACCCUACCCUCCUUCAGCAUCCACCUAUCAUUCAGGUUUCCAAAACAGACCCAUCACCUAAAAGAGAAAUGCCAACGAUGAUCUUGUUUAAUGUGGUAUUCGCACUGAGGGCCAAUGCCGACCCCUCCGUCAUCAGCUGCAUGCACAACCUGUCGCGGCGGAUCGCCAUAGCCCUACAGCACGAGGAGCGACGCUGCCAGUACUUGACCAGAGAGGCCAAACUAAUGCUCGCUGUGCAGGAGGAAAUCACCACCGUGACUGAGAAUGGAAACCCCCAGUCACCUUUUAGACAAAUUCUGCCUAAAUGUAAACUUGCCAGAGACUUGAAGGAGGCUUAUGAUAGCCUUUGUACGACUGGUGUGGUGCGACUGCAUAUCAACAACUGGUUGGAGGUGAGCUUCUGUUUGCCUCACAAGAUCCACAGAAUCGGUGGCAACUACAUCCCCCCUGAGGCCUUAGAGUGCAGUUUAAAGGCAAUAAGACCCUAUCAUGCCCUACUGCUGCUGGAGAGUGAAAAGGCCCUGCUGAGCCAGCUUCCUCUGGACUGCUCGCCUGCUAUGGUUCGCCUCAUCAAAACCUGCUCAGCGGUGAAAAACCUGCAGCAGCUCGCACAGGAUGCUGACCUGGCCUUACUUCAGAUUUUUCAGAUUGCUGCUCAUUUAGUGUAUUGGGGCAAAGCCAUUAUUAUCUACCCACUGUGUGAGAACAACGUCUACAUGCUGUCUCCUCAUGCCAACAUCUGCCUAUACUCGCCACUGGCUGAACAGUUUGCCCAACAGUUUCCUGGUCAUGAUUUGCCUUCAAUGCUCGCCAAGUUCUCCCUUCCUGUCUCACUGGCUGAGUUCAGAAACCCCCUGGAAGCUCCUGCACAGGAGGCUCAGCUGAUCCAGAUGGUAGUGUGGAUGCUGCAGCGACGCCUGCUGAUCCAGCUGCACACCUACGUCUGCCUCCUGGUUCCGCCAAGUGAGGAUGAGCCCGGCCUCAGGGAUGAAGACCUCCCACUGGCUGCUCGAGUCGGAGGACGCAGUCUCAGCACCCCCAGCGCGCUUAGCUUCGGGUCCCCGACCAGCAGUGAUGAUAUGACCCUAACCAGCCCCAGCAUGGAUAACUCCAGUGCAGAGCUGCUGCCUGGUGGCGACUCUCCUCUUAAUAAAAGGAUGACAGAGACACUUCUUGCCAGCUUAUCAGAACACGAGAGGCAGGUUAUUCUCAACAUCCCCGCUGCACAAAAUCCAGAAGAUCUGAGGAUGUUUGCCAGGCUGCUGCACUAUUUCCGGGGACAUCACCACCUGGAAGAGAUUAUGUACAACGAGAACAUGAGGCGCUCGCAACUCAAGACGCUGUUUGACAAGUUUCGCAGUGUCCUUGUGGUGACCAACCAUGAGGAUCCCAUUAUUUCAAUCUUUCAGUCGCCUAUGGAGUAGCGGCGCAGAGACAGUUUCAGCUCUCACCAACUGGAAAAGUGUCAGUUUGAGAGCAGCUAAUAGCCUGCUGCUACUCAAGAGUUUUAAAGUGAAGUGACAUACUGCAUAGUGAUUGCAUAAAUCUGUGCAUAUUUGCCUUUAUGAGCCAAAUGUUUACAGUAUUAAAUUAUUUUGUACAUACCA